UCAACUCAAGGCGCUUUGUUGUUCUUUCUGGAAAGAAAGACGGAGAAAAUUACCGUCACUGCAUUGUGAACUGUCAGGAUAAUAUUCCGUUUGGUUCAACAUAAUCAGAAGCGAACCAGGCGUGGAGCUAAACCGAUGUCGCCUGGUGAAAAGCGGUGCAUUUGUGGGACCAGUUCACCUCAGCAGUGAGCUAGCGUUAGCCACUCCGGGAGGGUGUCCAGAUUGGAGCGGAAGGAAUUCCAGGCACUGGGAAGAAGGGGAGAAAUCUCUGCUGGGAUGCCUCAAGCAAGUUGGAAAAAAACUGUAUUUUACAGUUCCGCCUGGAAUCAUGGCACCGUGAACUUGAAGUAUGUGGUCGCUUGACUGAUAUGAAGGUGCAAGAACAAUCUGUUGGUGAUUUUCUAACUGUUUACUUUAACGUGCUAGUUUAGCGAGUUAGCCACGUAGCUACGUAGCCUUCAGUAGGAUGUCAUUUAAAAUGGCGGAUGGUUGGACCAUUCCGUCGGCCCUUGUCUUCAUGCUGUUGAGUUUGACUGCCUGGGCUCUCGGGGCUUGUCCUGUUCCCUGCUCGUGUUCCAAAGGACAAGAUGAGGUCCAUAUUCUGGACUGCAACAGGAAAAGGCUGUCGACGGCUCCCCUGGACCUACCAGAUGGGACAACUCAAGUCACCAUGAAUCACAAUGAGCUGACUGUUCUUCCCUUUCUGGGAGAUGCGUCCUCAAAUAUCACCUCGCUGUCAUUGGUCCACAAUCGGAUCACAGAACUGUUGAUGCAUCAGCUACAGCCAUACGUUUCCUUGGAGACGCUGGACCUGACAUCCAACUCCAUCUCUGAGCUCAAAGUUGGAUCCUUCCCCUCCAUGCAGCUGAAGUAUCUGAAUUUGAGUAAUAACAAGAUCAGUGUCCUCGAGCCCGGCUGCUUUGAAAACAUCUCCAGCACCCUGCUGGUGCUGAAGCUGAACAGGAACAGAUUAGCUGUGCUGCCAUCCAAAGUCUUCAAACUUCCACAGCUUCAGUUCCUUGAAAUGAAGCGCAACAAGAUCAAGAUCGUGGACAGCCUGACAUUCAAAGGGAUGGACUCGCUGAGGUCACUGAAGAUGCAGAGGAACGGCAUCACUAAGCUCAUGGAUGGAGCCUUUUUUGGGCUCAACAACAUUGAAGAACUAGAGCUGGAGCACAAUAACCUAACCGAGGUCAACAAAGGUUGGCUGUAUGGUCUGCGCAUGCUGCGUGUCCUGCGGGUCAGCCAGAAUGCUGUCGGCAUCAUCCGACCAGACGCCUGGGAGUUUUGCCAAAAGCUGGAGGAACUAGACUUGUCCUUCAAUCAUCUGACUAGACUCGAGGAGACUGCUUUCGUGGGACUGGGUCUCCUGGAGAGCCUGAACCUGGGAGAAAACUCCAUCAGCCAUUUGGGAGAGGGAGUAUUCAGUGGCUUGGCAAGCCUGCGCACCCUAGAUAUCCGCAAUAAUGAAAUCUCCUGGGCCAUUGAAGACUCCAUUGGUGUGUUUGAUGGAAUGAAGAAGCUGAACACACUAAUCCUUCAGCGGAACAAAAUCAAAUCAAUCACGAAGAAAGCGUUCGAGGGCCUGGAGGAGCUGGAGCACCUGGACCUCAGCAAGAAUGGCAUCAUGUCGAUACACCCCGAGGCGUUGUCCCAUACGAAGCUCAAAGUGUUUAUCCUGAACACGAGCAGCCUGCUGUGUGACUGCCACAUGCAGUGGCUGGGGCCUUGGCUGACGGACAGCCAGUUCCAGCAGUCUGUCUCCGCUAUCUGUGCUCAUCCUGCCAGCCUUCUUGGUCGCGACGUCCUGUCCAUCAGCCCAGACGAGUUUGUUUGUGAUGAUUUUCCCAAGCCUCAUAUCACAACUCACCCGGAGACGUCUGUGGCACUGCGGGGCAACAACGUGACUCUGAGCUGCGUAGCGUCCAGCAGCAGCGAUUCACCGAUGACCACAGCUUGGCGAAAGGACGGGGAGGUGCUGUAUGACGCAGAGGUGCAAAACUACGCCCGCUACCAGGAGGGAGAGCUGAUCUACAUCACUGUGCUUCACCUGCUCAACGUCAACUUCACCGAUGAGGGGCGCUACCAGUGCGUGGUCUCCAAUCACUUCGGCUCCAACUAUUCCAACAGGGCCAAGCUCACUGUCAAUGAGCUGCCGUCCUUUCUUAAGACCCCCAUGGAUCUGACGAUCCGGACCGGGACCAUGGCCAGGCUGGAGUGUGCUGCCGAGGGCCAUCCAUCACCCCAAAUUGCUUGGCAGAAGGAUGGAGGCACUGACUUCCCUGCUGCCCGAGAGCGCAGGAUGCAUGUGAUGCCAGAUGACGACAUCUUCUUCAUCGCUAACGUGAAGACAGAAGACAUGGGAGUGUACAGCUGCACGGCUCAAAAUGCUGCUGGCAGCCUGUCUGCAAACGCUACUCUCACCGUCCUGGAAACUCCAUCCUUCAUGCGCCCGCUGGAAGACCGAACGGUGGCCCGUGGUGAAACUGCCGUGCUUCAGUGUAUCGCUGGAGGCAGCCCAGCCCCUCGUCUCAACUGGACCAAAGAUGACGGCCCUCUGGUGCUCACCGAGCGCCACUUCUUUGCUGCAGCCAACCAGCUCCUUAUCAUAGUUGACGCUGGUCCCGCUGAUGCUGGGAAAUACACGUGCAUCAUGUCUAAUACUCUGGGAACAGAACGUGGCCACAUCUACCUGAGCGUGUCGCCCUCGCCGAACUGUGACACCGGCACGGGAUACGACCAGGACGGCUGGACCACCGUGGGCAUCGUGGUGAUUGUGGUGGUGUGUUGUGUGGUUGGAACCUCGCUGGUCUGGGUCAUUGUCAUCUAUCACAUGCGCAGGAAGAGCGAGGACUACAGUAUCACCAACACAGAUGAGAUGAAUUUGCCAGCAGACAUCCCCAGCUACCUGUCCUCUCAGGGUACUUUGUCAGAGCCGCAGGAAGGCUACAGUAACUCUGAGGCUGGCAGCCACCAGCAGCUCAUGCCUCCUCUCUCAAAUGGAUACGUCCAUAAGGGCACAGAUGGUGUGUGUUAUGGAGACACGGGCAGCGAGAUGGAAACUGAGGGGAAUGGCAUGCUGCACUGCAGGGUUGGCUCUCUGUUCAAUGGCCGCAGCAGCUUUCACCCUGGAGAGCCCCGCGAGGGACUGGCCGGACUCCCCACAGGUGGUGCAGGUCCGCUGGUCAUCUGCUCCGACUGCUACGACAACGCCAACAUCUACUCUCGCACACGGGAGUACUGCCCCUACGCCUAUCUGGGGGAGGACGACCCGCUGGACAAGACUCUUCCGGGCCUGAAGGAGGGCUUCAGCGAGCAUGCCCAGCACGAGGACCCCGCACUGGAGAGCCUCAUUAGCAACCAGGACUCGUCCAUCUUUCUCACCUCACACGAUAAAAGGUUGAGCAGCCACACUCCCCCGGAGCACUACGCUAAUGAGUCUCUCAGCAGGUCCUUCUGGGGAGAAGGGGAAGACCCAUCCUCGAAACCCCAACCAAGCGCCUCCCAGCACCCAGUGACUGUACACAGGACACCUCCUCUGAGUUCCACUGCUGACGGGCCAGAGGAGCAGAGUGAAGCAGAGGUGGACUGUUUCCCCAGCCAAUGCACACAGGACCACAGAAGUGCCUCUAAUAGGACUAACCCUCAGGAGCAUCCUGCUCCCACAUAGGUCCUUACACUCCACCCACGUUCUGCCUCUGAUUCCUCAUUGCUGCACCCCCUCCCCUUCACCCACUACCUCCAAAGAGACUCCUCACAUUCUGCCAAAGAUGCUCUCUUGUACGUUUACAUUCCCCUUUCACUCAAGAGGACAUGCUAACGUUCUCCACUGUGGAAAGACUGCUGUGUCAGGCUGGAGGAAUGGACCGGUGAUUAAAGUGACCUUCUCCUUGACACCUCCACCUCUGCAGGACCCCUUUCUCCCACAUCCUCCACUCCUCCUUGUUCUCUUUGUAGAGAGAGCUAUGAAUGUAUGCUUUAAAGAGCCAUGUCGGAUGCCGAGACAUGGUCGAGUCUUUACGAGCUCUCUCCUGCGUCCCUGCUGCCGUGGGACUGAAUUUUGUCUCAUCAUUCCUGGUACAGACACCUGUUAGGGCAGCCUGUUUGACUUUGGUAGAAAUUACAAACCACCUAUUCCCAAAUAAGGAAAAGAGGGGUUUAAACAGGGGACAGUCCAUGUCCCUGACCAGCAGUUUGUGGUUGUUAAUAUAGGAAAGAACAUUAAAAACAGACGUCCCACGUUCCCGCAGGCAUCCCGACUGACUCAAAACUAUGCUAUCUGGUAUCCUGUUAUGCAAAUCCCAGAGACAGUGACACCAAAAUGUGGUGUAUAUUAUGAAUAUAUAUGAAUAUAUCCUAUAUCAUCUUUAUCUGAUCUUGUUUUUGUCCUUUGUCAAAUGCAAUUGUUUAUUCCUUCAUUUCAUGUCUUCGUAAUGUUGAGCAGUUUGGGGAGAAAGCGUACAGUUUUUUUUUUUGCACAUGUGACAAUCAUGGUUUUGCUGACUAUUUUCCAGUGGUUGUCUAUUGGAUGGCCUUUUUAAACAAGCAUUCUCAGUAACCUCGAUCAAGGUGACAUUCUGGGUUAUAUGUACAGUAUGCACUGAUUUGUUUUCCCUUUUCUCAUAACUUACAGGCACUUAAUUUAACGGUGGUAAACUUUAUUAUGCAGUGUGCAUGCCGUUUUACAUUGUGAGGAUUUAUCAUCACAGUUUUAUCUCAAGAGCUUCGCGAUCCUUCUGUAGCUAUUGAUUAAGCCUAGGUUUUUACUUGGGACUGUGAAAAAUGAGAAUGUAUUGUAUUAUUUUAUACGUGUGUGUACAUAAGGAUAGUAAUCUAUUGAAUUCCAUGUCCUACUAGACCAUUUACAGAGAGGUUCGAGACGAAUGCUGCAGUAAUUUUAAGCUUAUUGUCCCCUUAAGUUUUUACCCGUUUGUUCAGGUAACAAGAGGAACAUGUUUCCGUGGGAAAGGGACGCUGUUUUCCUCAUACACUAAAAGACCGCAUUCAAACAGCUGCCAGCUUCAGCAAACUGUACUGUCUCAAAAUGUCAGCUAUGAAAUUGCUUUGAGGUUUUGAAAAUGAAAAUGCCCUGUCAUGUAAAGGACUGUGCUCUUGGUUCAUCCUUAAAAAAUCCUCUUAUUAUUGCACUUGUUGCUCAGAUGUGAUUGGCUUUGUUUUAUGACUCUCAGAAAAGUCAUAUUUGUUCAUUGUAUUGAGCAAAUGACACUCAGUUGCCUGUUUAUUAGGUACAACGAGCUAAAAGCAAUGCAGCCUAAUCCAACAGUUGUGCAAUAACUCCUACCUUCAUGAAGGUUGUAAUUUUUUAUUAUUAUUAUUUGAGAGAGAUGUUGAUUCAACUCAUUUUGGAGGAUGUAGUUUUAUCGUUAAAUCGUAUUGGGUUAAACUGACAAAUGCACCUCUCUGCAUUAGACUGCUGUAGCUAGUUGUACCUCAUAAGCCUUCAGCUGAGUGUAUCUCAUACUCACUCUUCAUGGAUAUGUUUGACGACAUAUCUGGAAGUUUGUUUUUGCCGUUGUCAUUUCCGUCAUGCUGAUGAUCAGUCCUGCUGCAUUUCUUUUUGACCGAGAAAGGAGUCCACGUUCUUUUCUCCCUCUUUUGUCGUGGUGCACUGAGUGUUCGAGGGCACUGAGUUCAGACACAAUCAGUAAUGCUGAGAAGUUCAUCUGCAGUGAAAAUGUGUGAGGCUGUGUUUUCAAUGGGAUGUCACUAAGUGUUAGAUACAGAUUGUUGUACUUUUUAUCAGUAAUAAGUCCACAUGGACUACAUGCGUGUUGAGCUGCAAAUGAUAACGGCGCAUCUCCACCUCCUCAGCGGUACGUGCAGGUACGAGCUGCCUGUCAGUCACUCCUUUGAUUUUAACUUUCAGAUUUUGUGAAUCAUGCUUGCCUUUGAUUGCCAGAACAGCACAUUCCAAUCCUUUCCCUCUGAAUUUGACGUUAACCUAGAAAGUUGAUGACCAGCUGGUAUUAGUUUCCAAGCGCAGACUAAAACCAACAUGACUUUUCGGACUUCCUCCGUGUUUUGACACACUCCUUGCUUCACUGGAAGCAGAUUUUUGUCGUUUCUUUAUGUUUCCUGAUUGUUGGCCAAGGUCAAUUUCAUGCCCCUUUUCGAGCAAUUGAGAAAUUUAAAUGGAAACUUGCGGUGAUAAGUCAUCGUAAUUGAGCUACAUGUCGGGGGGGCCUACAUCGAUUCGCUGUUCAAUAUUUUGUGGUGACACAGUGUGACAUAAUGUGCAUUUGUAUUGUUUUAUUCUCCAAACGUCCUUUAUGACUUUAUACCAAACUUUAGCAGUAACUGCUCUGGCAAUAUCCAAUGCUGCUUUUUUUGUAUUGUUGAAGUUUUGCAUUUUGUUUUCAAUAGUAUUUUUGGACCUUGUUUGCCUGUACAUUCUGUAAAGCAUGUCUAAAGAGCCUUUUUGUUACGUAGCCAUUACUCAAACAUUAAACAUGAAUUCUGGUAAAUUGGUUUGGAAUGAAUG